AUGGGUUCCGUCGCACUUCCUUAUAUCGAGACCAAGCCCAAGGUCAUCUUUUUCACUGAUUUUGAUGGCACCAUCACAGUCGACGACAGCAAUGAUUUCAUGAUCGACAACCUAGGUUUUGGCGCUGACCGACGCCGCGUGUUGAACAAGCAGGUUCUCGAGGAGACUUUGGGAUUCCGUGAUGCUUUCCGCGAGAUGCUCUCGAGCAUCAAGACCCCCUACAACGAGUGUAUCGAGACUCUGCUGAAGAACAUGAAGUUGGACCCAUACUUCGAGGAGUUUUACUACUGGGCCAAAGAGAACAAUGUUCCCAUUGUCAUUCUUUCUUCCGGCAUGCACCCGAUCAUUAGCGCCCUGCUCGAGAAAUUCCUCGGCCAUAAGCCUAGCAGCCAUCUCACCAUUGUCGCCAACGAUGUGAUCAGCCGCGAGGGCAAAGAUAUCAACAGCGAGGGUGGCUGGCAGAUCACGUACCACGAUGAGAGUCACUUUGGCCACGACAAGUCUCUCGAGAUCAAGCCCUACGCGGCUCUGCCCGACGAAGAGCGCCCUGUCCUUCUGUACGCAGGUGACGGUGUAUCUGACCUAUCGGCUGCUGCGGAGACCAACCUUCUGUUCGCUAAGGAGGGCAAAGAUCUGGUGACUUUCUGCGAACGCCGCGGAAUGCCAUACACUACCUUCCAGAACUGGUCCACGAUCCUGUCGACCACAAAGGAUAUCCUCGCUGGUAAAGUUUCUCCCAGCGAUGUCGCAAAGCAGCCCAAGUCUGCAUAA